UACAAUUCCUACAGGACUGUCAGACGGCAUGGGGUGAGGAUCUCUUGGUGGAGUCGCCCCGACUGCUCAGAAGUGCCCUUUAUGAGAUGUGACAGUGACGGGAUGAUCGAGACCAUAUACGCGGGGGAUUGGGAGCUGGAAGGGCCCAUUCCGGACUCCAUUGGCAACCUCAGGAAGGCCGUAUACUUAGAGUUUCAUAAUAAUCGGUUCACGGGUUCAAUACCAGCUGCUAUCAGCAACCUUGACAAGCUGUCAAAACUAGGUCUAAGCAAUAAUCAGCUCUCAGGGUCAAUCCCUUCAUCAAUUUACACUCUCACAAGCCUGGAACAUCUAGGCCUCUCCUAUAAUCAGCUCACAGGCUCGAUCCCGGCAGCGAUCGGCAAUCUUGCAAGACUGAGUGUCCUAUUGCUGGACUACAACCAGCUCAGCGGCCCAAUCCCUCCCGCAAUCAGCAACCUCACAAAUCUGGACAGGCAUACUCUAGCCGCGGCCAUUCCCGCCGCCGCCGCCUCCUCCCCUCGCCGCCGCGGCCAUUCCGCCGCCGCCGCCUCCUCCCCUCGCCGCCGCGGCCAUUUCGCCGCCGCCGCCUCCUCCCCUCGCUGUCGCGGCCAUUCCGCCGCCGCCGCCUCCUCCCCUCGCCGUCGCGGCCAUUUCGCCGCCGCCGCCGCCGCCUCCCCUCGCCGCCGCGGCCAUUUCGCCGCCGCCGCCUCCUCCCCUCGCCGCCGCGGCCAUUUCCGCCGCCGCCGCCUCCUCCCCUCGCCGUCGCGGCCAUUUCGCCGCCGCCGCCUCCUCCCCUCGCCGCCGCGGCCAUUUCGCCGCCGCCGCCUCCUCCCCUCGCCGCCGCGGCCAAUCCGCCGCCGCCGCCUCCUCCCCUCGCCGCCGCGGCCACUUCGCCGCCGCCGCCUCCUCCCCUCGCCGCCGCGGCCAUUUCCGCCGCCGCCGCCUCCUCCCCUCGCCGUCGCGGCCAUUUCGCCGCCGCCGCCUCCUCCCCUCGCGGCUGCGGCCAUUUCGCCGCCGCCGCCUCCUCCCCUCGCCGCCGCGGCCAAUCCGCCGCCGCCGCCUCCUCCCCUCGCCGCCGCGGCCACUUCGCCGCCGCCGCCUCCUCCCCUCGCCGCCGCGGCCAUUUCCGCCGCCGCCGCCUCCUCCCCUCGCCAUCGCGGCCAUCUCGCCGCCGCCGCCUCCUCCCCUCGCCGCCGCGGCCAUUUCGCCGCCGCCGCCUCCUCCCCUCGCCGCCACGGCCAAUCCGCCGCCGCCGCCUCCUCCCCUCUCCGCCGCGGCCAUUUCCGCCGCCGCCGCCUCCUCCCCUCGUCGUCGCCUCUCCCGCACGCCGUCGCCUGCACAUCCCGAAGCCCCUCCCGCCCCGCCACCCGUUCGUAA